UUAUUCGAACGGAUAAUCUCAAGCGGACAAGCAAUGGCAGCUAAGUUGGUUGUAGUACUCGCCCUGGCAGCUGUGGCCCACUGCUCAGUGGUGCCAGUAGCGCGAGCAGACGCCGACUACACGAGUUUCGCGUACGACGUGGCUGAUCCCUACACUGGUGACUUCAAGAGCCAGCAUGAGACCCGCGUCGGCGGCAACGUUCAAGGACAGUACUCGCUACUCGAGUCUGAUGGUACCAAGCGUACUGUAGACUAUGCUGCUGAUGAUGUCAACGGUUUCAACGCCGUCGUACGCAAGGACCCAGCUGUUGUUGCCACACCCGUGGUUGCUGCUGCUCCUGCUGUAGCUGCAGUUGCUCCUGCCGUCGUUGCUGCACGUACCAUUGCCAGUCCCGCUGUAGUAGCCUCUGCUCAUGGUGUUGUAGCCGCCCGCACCUUCGCCUCCCCAGCCGUAGUAGCCUCUUCCCCAGCCGUAGUAGCCUCUUCCCCAGCCCUGGUCGCUGCUCGCACGUACGCAGCUCCUGCUAUCUACUCUGCUGGUGUGCACGGUGUGAUCGCAGCUCCCACUGUUUACUCCGCUGGUCACUCAAUUGUUUCUCCCCUUUCUUACUCUGCCCCCCUUAAUUACUGGUAAUUCUAAGGAUCAUGUUAAAACGACGGUUACUUUUUCUGUAAAUAUUAUGUAUUUAAAAUAAUAAAUAUACAGUGAAAAUUCUAAA